CAGCUCUUUUUUGCCCACUGUGUCUCGGGGAAUAUCGAAAUCAGCCCCGGAUCAGUCAUUGUCCAACUCUCUUUGAGUGAACACGUCUCUCCAGGAAACCAUCUUCCGAGGCAAGAUCAAUCAAGCAUUGCAAUCCUCCUUGAACGCAAACAAGUCUCUCUCUUGAACUCCAGGGUUGGGGGCUUGCUUGAGGGUUGGGAUUUGUACAUGCGCCCUGCAUUUUAUGAACAUUCUCGAAGCAUUGGCCAAAAGGAGUGUGUGUUAAGUGAUCUCGAGGUGAGGAUGGAAGUCCAAACAAUUGGACGGAAAGUGUCGAAGACUGUCGCAUCCCGGAUCCCACCCCCACCCCAACAGAUCUACGAGUACCUCAAUGGACACAUCGUGGGACACUACAUCAUGAAGCGCGCCUUGAGCGUGGCCAUCUACAACCAUUUCUGUGACAUCACCUUCGGGACUCAGAACCCGAGUGCACCCGGACAGCCUAAGAAUAACCAAUAUCAGCUCAAUAAUCAUGGCAGACAUCAGGGGGAGUUCUCCGCUCGUUGUCGGAACUACGCCCGAGAGAAGUUCGAACGCGAUGGGAAUCGCCAACGAAAAGACAGUCUCGCCCUCUCAGAUCACGAAUCUCCACAAGAAGAAUAUCUCUCGCCCAUCGUCGCUCGGGUGAUUAUCGAGGCCUCCUCCCACAAAGUCCACUUGAAGAGGUCCAACGCGCUCACUUUCGAUUCCACCGGAUCUAGUCGUCCUUUGGAUGCGAUAGCCGACAACAUUGCCUUCUUUCUUGAAGUCCCCUACGUCAGAAUUGAUUGCAGUCUGUUGGUGUCAAAGCAAAAGGCAAUGGAACUCGAAGGUCUCAAAAAGAGACCCAUGACCAAGAAUCAAAGGACGGGUUGGCUGGCCAAGCUCCUCCGUGGCUACACGGGCGAGACCGUGGACGGCAUCGUGGGGAAAUUGUUCAAAAAGGCCGAAUACGACAUCGAGCGAGCUCAACGAGGGAUCAUAUUCCUGGACGCAAUGGACAAGAUCGGACAUGGAGCCCAUGAUGAUGACGAGGAUGGGGAAUGGCACCGUCAGAACAUUAUGAAGGAACUCAUGGAGCUAAUUGAAGGGAAAACCAUCCACUUGACUCGGCGAGCCAUCCAAGCGCCGCCAGUGGAGAGUGGAGCCACUGGACCCUCGGUGUGCCCUCUGAGUUCCACGGAAACCAACGUGAGAGAGGAGAAGGAGAAGUUCCAAAUCAACUCCGCUAACUUGUUCUUCAUUUGCUUUGGAGUCGAGGACGAGACCGAACGUGACCGAAGGGACUCCACUGCCAGUAUGGACACCUCCGCCACCACCUCCAACAACUCCAGCCAAGGCAUUAGUACAAAGUCCAGUAAGAUCUGUUCCGAAAAGAGCUUCCAAUAUGCGAGCUCGGACUCGUACUCGAGCUCGACGGACAGCGAUUAUUCCGACGAGGAUGCUGCCGGUGGCGGUGGCAGUGGAUUGUACAACUUCCAAGGGCUCAAGCAGACCAAACUGGCGCAGAUCCUCCUGGAGGCCAAGAACAGCCCGAUCCCCCAAUUCCAGAAUCUCUGGGGACUCCGGGAUGUCGAAGUCAAAGUCACCCCUGAAGCCCUCGAGCUGAUUGCAGACAAAGCUCAUUAUCAGAAUGCGGGCUCUGAAGGGGUGCGGACCAUUCUGGAGAAACUGUUGUUCACGGUCAAGUUUGAGAUCUUGGGCACGGGUGUGAAAGUGGUGGAGAUUACGGAAGAUGCCGUGAUGGGCAAGGCCCCGCCCAUCUAUCACUACUCUACCUUCAGUGGUGAGGGACUGAACCGCAAGCACAAUUUGAACACAAUCACCGAAGAGACCUCGAGUGCCAUGUGUGAGUUUGACCAGACCAUCAUGGAAAGCUUGGAAUUGUGACUUUUGUGAACUUCUAAUGAUCCUCUCAGAGCGUUGAUUCAAGUGUCAGAGGGCUAUUUAUUCAUCCCCCAUCAAAAAAAUAUAUAAAAUGGUGGAGUUAAAGACACUCCUACCAGCCCCUCCCCUCUUUCCCCCUGUCAAAGCCGCUCUUCAUUUCAACAUUUGUUGUCAGAAACAAAGCCAAUUAUUAUUAUUAUUAUCACCACUACGAUUGUUGUUGUAUCCUUGCCCUGUCCCCGUCCUUAAAUCUUAUGUCAAACGAAUUGACCAGAGUUUUGUAAAUAUAUCAAUGUUGACUUUGAA